GACAGAGACUCUUGGGGCUACGGGAAGCAGGCAUGUGGAUGAGCGGGGGACACACCAAAACUCAUCUAUGAAAUGAAGACUCCUUUUGAAAUAAUUGAGUUUGUGACAGUAACUUUUUUCCUUUUUUUGGAGUUUGUGCAGAAACUAAAGGAGAAGAAAAAGAACCAAGGGUAAAGAGGGGUUGCUCUCUCUUCCACCAUCGCCUUGACCUCUUAAGAUUAAGAGGGGCACGACUCACGAGCAAUAGCGAAGAAUACAAGUCCUGGAGCAAAUUAGUUCUCUCUUUUUCUUUCAAAGGGGUUUAUAGUGAAGAUGCCUAGACCAGGCCCAAGACCCUACGAAUGUGUUAGAAGAGCUUGGCACAGUGAUAGGCACAAAACCAUCAGAGGUUCUCUCAUUCAAGAAAUUUUCAGAGUGGUAGAUGAGAUUCAUAGCGCUGCAACCAAGAAGAACAAGGAAUGGCAAGAGAAGCUUCCAAUCGUUGUGUUGAAAGUUGAAGAAAUUAUGUACUCAAAAGCCAAUUCUGAGACUGAGUACAUGGACUUUAAGACACUGUGGGACCGAGCAAAUGAUGCCAUUAAUACAAUAAUUCGGCUAGAUGAGAGCACUGAAACUGGACAAUUUCUUCAACCUUGCAUUGAAGCUGCUCUAAGUUUGGGCUGUGUAGCGAGAAGAACUUCAAGGAGCCAGCGAAAUAACAAUUUGAGGUGUUACCUUGGUGUCAACACUCAAGAGCCACCCUGUUUUUCUCCCACUAUGCUAGUGAAGUCCACCCAAGGAAAUCAUGCAGCCAAUUCACAGUGCAUGCCUAGCUCUACACAUUUCCCAAAACAGAUGGUAUUUAAUUCAGUUAAUCCCAGCUCUAAUUCACAUAAUCUUGUUGCGCAGAGAAAUACUUGCACUGUUAACAAAAUUCCAUUCGUACACAAUCUUGUUUCUCCGGUGGGGAAUAAUCAAUGCCUACCAAUGGAAACUUAUCCUCGCUCCAACUUGUAUUCAGUUUACCCCUUGUACUAUGGAAAUCACUUCCAGUUGGAAGAAAGCCAGCCUGGCUCUGAAAUUCUUGCUAAACUGAUUUCUAGUUCUAUGGAGCCUGCCAAGAUGGAUGCAACCAAAAACCAAUUCUCCUGCAAUAUGGAUGAUUCGAUCAACAUCAGUCGAACAGACAUUAGGUGUAUUCCUGCAAAACCUCGUGAGGUCGGAUGUGAUUUGUCAUUGAGGUUGGGCCCCUUCUUUACUCCCUCUGGUGCUGCGAGCAAGCAGUCGCCUGAGGUCGCGUAUGUUGGUCAUGGUUAUUCUCAAGAGAGGGUUAAUUACAAUGAUCUGACUCCUCAAAUGCGUAAGGAGUUGCCUUUCUACACAAAAGGCAAUUUGGAUGUUCCAAAAGACCUAUUUUCUGCUAAUUGGAGUUUUGAGGGUGAAUUUGUAGAUCAAGAGGCGGCAAUAAGAAAGGGGAAGGCGGUUUUCCUUCAACCCGAGGAGGAUCAGCAAUUUUGUUGGCAACCAAGGCAUCCUUUUCCGCGUUAAAGUUAUAAAAAAAAAAAAGAAAGUGAAAUCAGGUUCGUAGAUUGCUUUUUGAAUCAAAAUGUUGCAUCAAGUUGUCAACAUGACCUUCUGAGGAUUUUUCGCUGAAGUUCUUUUGCAGUCUAGCUGUGCUUAAUGGGCUUAUAACCGAGUCCCUUUUUGUAGUAUUGACCUGCUUUUUUUGUUAUAUGUAAAUAUUGACGACUUUUAAAUGACGAGCUGAUAACUAGCAAACUAACAGAGGGCUUUCUGAUGUGGAUUGUACAAAGGAAUAUUGCGUAAAUAACAUGAUAUGCCAUGAAAAUGUACUGAUUGCUGUGACA